AUGGAGAGCUUGACAGCUCGAAGGUCCGCAGCUUCAAAUCUUCCCACGUUCCAACUGCCACCCCCGGACCAUCUCGGAAUGCACAAAUACCCAGCAGCGUAUGCGUCGACAAGUUCAAAUCAGUCAGCAGCUCCCGUGAGCAAUGUUCUAACACCUCCGGCCUCGCUACCGAACGAAAACAGUCCGUUGUCAAGUCUGAAUGGCGGGAGUUCAGGUAGUUCAGCUGCUAGUGUUCCUCCAUAUCAACAGCCCAUGGGAUACUGGCCAACUCCACAGAACCCUUCAUACACCUAUAGUUCAGCACCUCCAAUGCCAGGAUCAUAUGCGCAGCAGCAGCAACAGCAGCAACAGCAACACAGUUAUAUGGGAGCGCGCCCUCUGUACUCACCAUCCUUGAACUAUCCAAAUCGGGGUAACAAUUCGCCAUCAACUGGAGAGGGACUUCCUCCCCCACCCUACGAUAUCAGUCUUCCCCCGUUUCCUACAUCCAUGAGUUCCUCGGGUGGACAACAGCAAAAUCUCCCUACGCUUGCACCCCAGCACCAACAGUCACAGCACCAUCAAAUAAGUCAUAAUACGCUUGUCAGCUCUCAACAGCCAUCUUCACAAGCUCCUCACCAAGGGCCUCUUCACGCACCUGAAAACUAUGGCGGAAGGCCUCCACCAACGCCAACUUACUACACCCCCUCUUCAACACCACAGCAAUCCACGUUCCCUGCCUUUACCCAGCAAUCUCCCACACAGCACUCUCCUAAUUCAUCAUCCGCGCCUCCGAAUAGAAUAUCACCAGUGUCCGCGCCACAGGGCUAUCACUCCCGGCCAUAUAGUGGCUAUAGUCUCCCUGCGAUGGCCGGCCCAAUAAUGUCUAAUGUCCACAGUCCUGGAAAUCAGAUGGCGCUCGUGGGGGGUAUGAACAUGCAAUACCCACAGCACCAACUCUCUGGGCCGAUGUACGGGCACCAUCCAGGAGCGCAACAGCAGCAGAACGACCGCCCCUUCAAAUGUGAUCAAUGCCCCCAAUCGUUCAACAGGAAUCAUGAUCUGAAGCGCCACAAGCGAAUUCACUUGGCAGUCAAGCCAUUCCCCUGCGGACACUGUGAGAAGAGUUUUUCACGGAAGGAUGCUUUGAAGAGACAUAUUCUCGUGAAAGGUUGCGGGAAAUCAAGCGAUGAGACAUCGAACGCCAAUGGCGGAAGCCAAUCACCUAUCGACAAAUCAGAGAUGAUGAGCGAUACAACUGAGGACAGUAGUCCGAAGAUGCCAAAGAAAGAACUCUGA